GUGCAUGAACUCAUCCGCUACAUAGUGGUCAAUGCUGAGGGGCUCAAGACGUCAGAAAUCUUCGUUAUGACUUGCAAAGAUAUAUCGAACUGAGUCUGACUUUGGCUUAAAGGACGGACAGGGACGGACUAAAACCCAACUCCUUCGACCACUCGUUGCACCAGACGAGGUCGUAACGGCACAAUAACGAUUCCAACUGGAGACAUUGGCUACUUAUUACAAAGAAUCACUUCCGUCGGCCACAAGUUACGCCGACUUUAGUAACCUACCCCACCGGCUCGCCGCUCAAUAUUUUCCGCUCCUACCAGCAGUGCCACUGUACCACAGGAUCUACAGACUAGACCUAGGCGAAAUAUUUCAGGUUCCAACUCUGGAGGCAAUAGUAGGAAACCUGAGAAUUCCAAAGGACGGCUACAAAUAAAUAGCAAUUAAGGCCUCAAAAUGACGAGAAGGAGAGCAUCAAACUCAUAUCAAUCGAUCAACAUGGCACCUAAGACUGUCUUUAUCACUGGGGCAAACGGCUACAUUGGCAAUGCCGUAGCCCGCAGCUUCGUGGCCGCAGGAUGGACCACCUAUGGUCUUGUUCGCUCGCUUUCGGCGGCGACAAAUCUGGCUCAGGAGGAGAUCAUUCCUGUCAUCGGAGCCAUCGAUGACGUUGACGCGCACGCGAACAUUCAAAGUCGCCUCCCGGCAAAGCUCGACGCCAUUGUGUCAACUACGGAGAACCCAGCGGAUUACAUCCCGCAUUACCAAAAGAUCAUUAAACUGCUCCGUACCCUCGGAACCGCAAGCCUGUCAGCCGGCACAAAGUCGAUCGUUAUCUUCACUUCCGGAUGCAAGGAUUACGGCAUCGGUCCGCAUUUCGACGGAGCCCCGGGCCUGGCUCCACACACGGAGGAGUCCCCCAUCGGGACCGUCCCCAUGCUCACCAACCGAGCUACGUACGCGCAGAAAAUCGUUGAACACGGCGAUGUCUUCACUCCGGUCCUCGUCCGACCCACCAAUGUCUACGGACGUGCCUCUAGCUACUACCAAGCCUUCUUCAUCGUCGCUUCCAGAGCGGCCGCCGAAGGCAAGCCGAUCGUCUUGACCGCGCCGCCCAACUCAAUCCUGCACGCUCUUCAUGUCGACGACUGCGCAGAUGCCUAUAUUGCCAUCGCCUCUCACCCUAAUAUAGCCGAAAUUGACGGCCAAGUGUUCAACAUCUCGGCUCAGAGCUACGAGACACUCGACAAGGUGGCGCAGGCCCUGGCCAAGGAAUACCAAAUCAAGGAUGGACUCAAGUACAUCGACGAGGCGGACGCGAAAGAGGAUGAGAUGUGGCCACCAUCAAUUAUCAACUUCCCUCAGUGGACAGACUCCACGAAGUUGACUAAGCUUACUGGGUGGAAGCAUCGUCGUCCUCUGUUUACAGAGUCGAUGCACGUUUAUCGCCUGGCAUACGAGGCCACCAAGGCGGCCGGGCACGAGAACAUCCUCAAGGUUGAUAGCCUUUUGGGAGCUUGGACGAAGAACAAGGCGAGACUGAGCUUGAACUCUGAGAAGAUGGGCUAAGAAGGAAGCUCAAAUUUGAGAGCAACCUCAGGUCGUUCCUCCGCAGCGGAGACGAAGUUCCUGCUUCUCAUGACAGGUUCUUAGUACCUUAGUCGGCUGAAGGAUGUCAAAUCUCAUCAGAUAGUUUAGAUAAGCGGCGCGAUGAGCAAAUUACAACCCACUUACCGACUCC